AUGGGGCAAGUGAUGUGGAUGACAUGUGAAUUCAGACACAAAGUGGUCUUCAAAUGUUUCCUGGUCGGAUCAACAGUUUCCUUCAUCUCACUCAUCGUUGUCUUUAUCCUCAUCUUGUUCGACAAGAAAUCACCGGCUCACAACUACAGGUACCACUUUCUCUGUCUCGUCAGUCCAAAAAUCCUCUACCACGGCUGGCUGCUCAAGUACUUCGUCCAAAACUUAACAACAGAUUUCCACGACUCCAUAUUGUCUAGUUAUUCAACGUGUUCCCUGCUGGCGUGGACGAAUGUUGUGGCUUUAGAAACGAUGGAAAUAUUUCAAAAGAACCACUACAUCAAAAUCAUUUUGUACGUUUCUUACGCGAUUGUCGUUCCGUUGGUUCUCGUGAGUUUAGAUUAUUACGUUGGCGGUGCCAUCAUUUUCUACAACUUCAACAACAAAAUCAAAUCAAGACUGCCGUACUUAACAUACGCCAGUUGUUAUUGCUACAUUGCUGCUUCUUUCCUAAGAUAUUACCUUCCGUGCAUAUAUCAUAACGUGAAGAGCAGAAAAAUUACUCUUCGCAUCGAUCAAGAGCAAAAAAUUUUAAGAUUUACGUUAAAGAUUUCCUUUGUCAACUUCCUCAUCACCACAUUCACUGUCGUCCAUUGCUACGGCCACGCGGAAAACAUCAACUCUGUUGGUUUGAUCUUAAACUGCCUGCAAGGACUGCUCAUUUAUUUGGAUCUGGUCUGCAGGAGUGCCGUUCGCGUGAAACGUGGUUUCGUUUUGGCUGAACAUCAACCAGUCAUGCAAAUCAAACUCUACAAUCGAAGUUUCGUUUGA